AUGGGAAUAAAGGAAAUUUUCCAUUUUGCUCGAUUGCCCUCCAUCAUCUUGCUGGGGUUGGUGUAUGUGUUUUACGUGCUUAUCGGCGGGGUGGUGUUUUGGAAGCUGGAGGGAGACCUUGAACAGAAGGACAUCAGUGUUUUGUUGAUGCGCAAACAAAAGUUGUUGUCAACGUACGCAUGUCUGGACCAAGACAGCCUUGAGAAAGUGGCUCAGGUGCUUAACGGCGCAUCCAAAGUGGGUUUGAGUUUAAAAGGCAACAGCACCACGGACGGAUUCUGGAAAUUCACCAGCUCAGCUGUGUUCGCUGCCACCGUGGUCACCACCAUAGGUUAUGGAAACAUAAGUCCCAGCUCCACAGCUGGUCAGAUCUUCUGUGUGUUCUUUGCCCUUUUUGGCAUCCCGCUCAAUAUGGUGGUGCUCAACAGGGUGAGCAAAUACAUGCUAGUUACGGAGAGGAACAUCUCCAACUUCCUGGAGGGGAAAACUGGCAGACGGACGUGUACAUGCUUCUUGGUCCACCUGGUGACUUACCUGUGUGGAGCGCUCUUCUUCUUAAUCGUCCCCAUGAUCGUGUUCCAGUUCCGCGAAGGUUGGACCUACUCACAGGCCAUCUACUACUGCUUCAUCACCCUCAGCACCAUCGGCUUCGGAGACUUUGUGGCCGACAACAACCCGGACAAAGUGUACCCCGAGUGGUACAGCAUCUUCAUGGCCUCCUGGAUCUUCUUCGGCCUGGCCUGGCUGGCGCUCAUCAUCAACCACUCCAUUGACAUGCUGGAGGGGCUCAACAUGCACCUCAAGCGGUGGUGGGGGGGCAGCAAGCAGGAGGAGGAUGAUUGUGUGGGGACCGACAACCCUGACACACAGCUGGAGGAGGAAAAAGAGGUCAACCGGCCGCCUCUAAAGCAGUAAAGUGCGCCAAAAGUCGAUUUGAGAUAUUUCUAAAGUUUGGAAAGCUAUAUUAAUUGAACAUAACCACCUGCUGUUGCUAUUUAUUAUGAACACACUAAAUAUACUGUACAUUAUAUUUCUUAUUUAUUCACUUCCUGAAUUGUGUGGGUGUAUCAAUCAAUCAAAUGUAGCAUUUUUCAUGAACAGGCAAGGGAUUGCCACCAACAAAACACACACACACACACAUUCUUGUAUUUGUUACCUCCUUGAGGCCUCUGAAAAAUGCCUACCUCUUUAGGACCACCCUAAUUUUUUAUAGAUUUCCCCACCAGGGAUGAAAAAUGAGAUCUCUAUUUUUUGUUUUUUGUAAUGUGCUUAAGGCCGAUGACAAACAAGUCACGGACCACAGAUGGCCCCUGUGCCGCACUUUGGGCAACACAGCUGUAGAAGCUAACUGUUAAUGACCACCACCAUAGUCUUAGUACCGUAGUGUAUUUGUUCAUCCUAUGUUCACAUAUGGGACGCGGGUUGUCUUACGUCAGCACCGGAAGACGUAAAAUCACUUUAGCAUUUUUUAGGGGGAUGAAUAGGGAAGUCCUUCUUUAGAUUGUUUUAUCAUAUAUUGCUGCCUUUGCACCUGUCAAUGUUUAUUUUUGUAUGCACAUUAAAUCAAC